CAAGAGUACUAUUUUGGGAAUUAGGUUUUGGCUUUCCCCUUUUAGUACCAAAAAUUUUCAAUUUUGAAAGUCCUUAUUACGUACUCGUACCCGGCUUGCCUCCUCUAAUUUCGGUCACUUUCGGAUGCCAAGAGUUUCAGGUUUUUCCUUGGGAGAGGAAGAAGUAAAUGAGAGGAAAAGGAGUAUCAAGAGGUCAUUCUCAGGCCGGGACUUCUGGGAACAAAAGACUAAAAAGUGGCAAUGGUAAAGGAACUCUCGACGAUGUUGUUCUCAUUGAUGUUGACAGUGAUAUGUCUUGUAACGUUGUUAUUAUUGAUGUUCCCGAGCCACCCAUACAUCGGAGGUUAAGAGGUUCUAGUGUACAGAGAAAAGAGAAAAAGUCUCAUCAUCAGGAUGUUAUUAGCCUUGAUGAUGAUGAAAGUGAUGUUUUGGACCAUCCUGGACUUGGUGAGAAAGGUGGUGGGGAGUUGGAUAGUGAUGCUACCUCAAGCAAAAGAUCUUGUCCCACAUCUAGGAAUAUGCAGAAUUCUGUAGAUGUAGAUGGUGAUGAAUGCUUGGUUGUGGAUGAACAAAGAUACUCGUUCAGGUUGUCAAAGUGCAAGCAAACAUACUCUAAUAAAGCUGCCUGUGGGAACCGCCAUGGUUUGUAUCUCGAGUCUGAGAGUGGGUCAUCUGAAAGUGAUUGCUCUGAUUCUGAGCUUAUGGAAGGUUCUUUUGGAAAACUUCAUGAACAGUGGAAAAAAGCUUCGUUGAAGAGAAAGCGUGAUCUUCACAAUGGUCAAUCAGGUUUAGAUGAUCAGAGUGGUAUCCCUGUUUGUCCCAGUUCAAGUAUUACAGAUUGUGAAAAAGAAAAUUUGUCUACCUUCUAUGCCAGUGCUGAUGGAUACAUGGGGGUAUUUCUUUCAAUCCUCAUAUGGAAAGACCUUGUGUAAAAGAUCAGAGAGGUCACCAGACAUUUGCAGAAGAUCCUCCUCUCAGCCAUGAGUGGCAGAGUUGUAAUCAUGUUAAUGGCCACGGUGAUGAUUUUUGUUGCAGUGAGCAAAGUCCUCAAAGGCCACGUUUGUCGACUGAUAAAGAACAUGGUGAUAAACAACCUAAACGUGCAAGGUCCAAUCAAGAAGGUGAAACACAUGCUGAUCUUGACGGGGCUGUAUUGAGGAACAAAGAUGAUGAGUUUCCUGAGGCACCUUCUAGUUGCUACACUUCUGAUGAAACAAAUGUAAAUCCUAAAAGAGUUGUCUCAAAUGAAGCUGUUGGCAAUGAAGAACAGGUUAAUGGUGUUGGCAAUGGUUUUUGCAACAAAGAAGCACGCAGUCCCCGUGGUUCUUUUUUGUUGUCCAAUCAAGAUCAAGGUUUUAAACGAUCUAAAUGUGAAAGGUAUAAUAAAGAUGGUGGAAUACAUGCUAAUCUCGAUGGUGUUGUAUUGAGGCAAAAAGAUGAGGAGUGUCACCGGGCAUCCAGUUGUAAUAAUAGUGAUGAGAAAGACAGAUUUGUAUUAAAUUCUCCAUUAUCUGAUGAAAUGCAGGUUGACUGUGGUGGUGCCCAUCCAGAAUACAAAGAAGGAACUGGUCUUGGAGAAUCCUUUUGCAACAACCCUUUGGAGGGCAAGUCUGGAGUCAACAAUGAAAAAGUUCUUUUUGAGGACAAGGUGAUAACAGAUUCUGAGCAAUUAUUUUUUAGCAACAGUCGACGUAAUGAAACACAUUUGGUGGAAGCAAAGGCCGCAUACGAUGUAAGGGAUCCAAUACUUGCUCAAGAUGGUGAUGCUACUCACUUGAGUCAAAAGGAUAUAAUUAAUGAACGAGAAAAGCUCAAGGAGACUGAUGAAUACAAGCGAGCAAUAGAAGAAGAAUGGGCAUCCAGGCAGCACCAGUUGCAAAUUCAGGCAGAAGAGGCACGUAGGUUACGAAAGGAAAGAAGAGUUGAAAGGCAUUUAUUGGACAUGCAGAGAAGGCAAAAGCAACGUGUGGAAGAAGUGAGAGAGACUCAGAAGAAGGAUGAGGAAAAUAUGAACCUGAAAGAGCAGCUUCGUGUUAACAUAAGAGAGGAGCUUAAUAAAUUGGAAAGUACGUGCAUUGACAUGGCCUCAUUGCUUCGUGGCUUAGGAAUCCAAGUUGGAGGUAGCGUUUAUUCGUUGUCACAUGAGGUGCACGCGGCAUAUAGACGAGCUUUGUUAAUGUUUCACCCAGAUCGGGCAUUAAAAGCUGACAUACGCCAGCAGGUCGAAGCAGAAGAAAAAUUUAAGCUUAUUUCUCGCAUGAAGGAGAAAUUUUUGGCGACUUGAUGUCACUGAAUGCUCACACAAGGCUUUGUUUUUUGUUU